AUGAGCUCGGCCCGUGUCGCCAACCCUGUCAAGGAUAUCGCACAGAAAACCCUCCAGGCUAAUAAAGAUCACCAGUACGCCCUGAAAGUUUAUACAGAGCGACUAGAGUCUGAACUAGCCACAGUCGAUAAACUGCUGACCUCUGCCGAAUGGGAGGAGCAGGACGAUGAAGCGGAUUUGGAUGUCGGCGGCUUCGUCCUAGUCCCGGGCUCCGUGAAGCCUUCCGGCCCAAUCGCUCAUGGUGACUUUCUAUCAAAGGAGUCACCCUUUCGGGAUGAUGCGACCAGGAGACAGAGGUACUUAGAGCUCACGACCAUCCAUCCCAUGAAGGCGAAAGAACUGGAUGCUCUGGCAGAAGCUGUCCGGACGGAGAAUUACCGUAUGCACGCCUACGAGGCGCAAAGACGCGGUCAAAAUGCGCUCACCAGUCUUAAUCAACAGCCGCAAAGCUACUUUGAACUCAACAAGGAGGGCAUCGACUGGGAACGAGUCGCCUCCAAGGUAUCAUCUUCGAUAUCCUCCUAUGUCCAGCGAUCGGCGAAAGAAUGCGAGAUCCGCUGGCUUGGGGAUCGCCAUCCCGAAAUCAACCAUGGACCUUGGUCAGAUACUGAAGUCGCUCAAGUCAAAGCUCUAGCCGCAAAUUAUCCGGAUGGGCGGGUCAACUGGGUCAAAGUAGCGGAGCAGCUCGGUACUAAUCGCACGCCCAUCGACUGUAUGCGAACUGCCGUGCCUCGCAGGACACACGUCUGGACUGCCGAAGCGGACGAUCGGCUCCUCGAAGCAGUGAAGAUAUAUGGACUUGAGAAUUGGCUGUUGGUUGCGCGUUUCGUCUCCGAAGAUGCUACUGCACAACAGUGCCAGAACCGAUAUCACCGGACAUUGGAUCCGGAGCUCGCACGAGGGCCGUGGACCGAGGAAGAGGACAAUCGUCUGCGCCGCGCCGUAGAGGCAUAUGGUCAUGCGUGGCUGGAGGUUGCGACGUGCGUUCCGGGCAGAAGUAAUGAGCAGUGCCGGGAUCGGUGGAACGAGCGGUUGAAUCCUAAAGUUAUCAAGGGUAAGUGGAGCGAAGAGGAGGAUCGAGCACUCAUCGAAGUCGUUGGGAGAUUGGGAGAGAAAUGGAAGGAAGUUAGCGAGUCUUUGGGGACUGGGAGAACGGACAAACAGUGUCGGUCGAGGUACGAGAAGCUUCACAAGGGCAAGCAAAGGGAGAAAGAGGCCUCCACCUCCACUACGACAACGCCGGCUGUUGCAACGAACAGCUCUGGGACGCCGGACGCGCCUGCGCCAGGCCCUGCUGUUCAAUCUCAGGCUUCAUCCUCCCAAACCUGGCAGAGCCUACAAAUAAGGAUGCAAGAUUUCGGCCAAAAUGAUGGUGCAGGUUCGAGUGUCGACAAUCAAGGUGCUCAAGCCACGGCUACGACCUCGUCUCAGGCCACGCCCCGAUCCCGACCUCGGCCGAGAAAGGCGGCGGCUAAGCCUGCUGGGCGCGAUACUCCUGCUGAAGUACCUCCUAAGGAAGACGAAGCACCCGGGGGCGAUUCUAGCUCGCCACCGGCGCCAAUGGAGACAAAUACAACCGCGAACAGCUCUUCAAGAAAGAAGAGGACCCGCAAGAGCGCUGCUCCGGCUCCCGAUGCUGACGCGCCAACUCCAAAGAGAAGCAGAUCAAGCAAGAAGAAAGCGGUUCCCCCAGAUACUACCGAUAGCGAACAAGCUCAGGAUCUCCCGAACCAGCCCGGUACGUCCUAA